AACAAGCUGUUGCUUUGCGUACUAUCAGAGUCUUCAUAGUAGCUCGCCGUUGAGGUCAUAUCCGGGGGUUUGCUGCACCGAUCUUCAAGGACCGCUGUUUCCUAAGGAGACGAGAACUCUUUCUUUCUAUUUGGUAGACCCAAUGUCGGCAUAGACCUUCUCGCUUGGCGAGCCCUUGGCUGCUUUUUUGGCGACCACGCCCAGCCUUGCUGUAAUAAAGUUGGUCACAAAUUACGGGCUACAGUCUAGGGGCCCCUACGCCCCGUGCCUUUGUACAGUAUGGCUGCAGCUCCUACCAAUCUACUUCUCGCGCAGAACUUUACAGCAGCUGACUUGAACAACUUGGGGCGUGCAAAUAGCCCAGCCAUACCAGGUGGUCCACCACCAGGAGGCCCUGCGCCUAACGGCUUGCAGUUUCAGACUCGUGAGGAGGCGCAAAUGUUCCUCCAGGCCGCAGGGAGGGCACAACAAAACGGCGCAAACCCAGGCGGCAUUGCCCUUACGCGCGAUGCAGUGGCGGCUUUGCAGCACGCUGCGCAGGUAGCUGCAGUUAAUCAGGCAAAGAUGGGGCCACAUGCUGCUGCUGGUACGGGUGCUAACGGCAACAUUCGCCCGCCUGUGCCUGUCGUGCCGCAGCUUGGUCAGGGUCAGAACCCUGCGUUGGCGAAUCUGCACACCCAGGCGCAGCUUCAGGUAGCUAUGAAUGCCCAGCGCGCCGCUGCUGCCCAGGCCGCCGCGGCGCAACAGUCAGGUGGUCUGACGGCCGCGAACAACCAGGCGGCGCUCUUCCUGGUGCAGAACCAAUUGGCGCAAGCUCAAGCGGCCAACAACGCUGCUCAGGUCAACCCGUUUGGACUCCAGAACGGCCUUCAGAACAACCCCAUCGCGGCGGCAGCGGCGGCCGCUGCAGCGGUUGCUGCCACCACUCAGGCAGCUCAGGCGCGCGCAGCUGCUGUGGGAAACGCUAAUCUCCUACAGUUGCAGCAGGCUGCUCAGGCGGCGGGAUUGCAGCGCCCGCAAGCAAUGGCAUGGGCUCAAAAUCAGGCGCUGCAAAACGCUGCCCUGGCGCAACACAACCUGGCGCAACACAACCUGGCUCAGCAGAACCUGGCAGCCGCUCAGAACAACCCCGCAUUGCUCGCCGCAGCUCUGGCACAGCAAGCGCAGCAAGCCCGCGCAGCUCUGCAGGUACAGCAACUCGCGCAACAGCAGGCCGCCGCCGCAGCAGCUGCUCGGCCGCUCGCCCCCUCACAGCCUGGCAACCUCCAGGCCCAGCAGCUCCAGGUCCUGCGUCAGCUGCAGGCGCGCCUGAACGCCGCGCAGAACCCCAACGCACUCGCCUCAGCGGCGGCUGUGGCUCCCACCGCCGCUGCUAAGCCUACCGAGGCGCAGUUGCAAGCUCUUCGUACGGCUCUUGCACGCAGCGCCGCUGGUCGUGCUGCGCUCAACGCCGCCAACGUCCUGGGCGCUAACAACCCCCGCUCUGCGGUGCCGCAAGCUGCGAAUGGCACCGGUGCAGCUCCGCCGCUGAACCAGCUCCAGCAGGCGAUCAACCUGCAGCUCCUGCUUCAGCAGCAGCGCAACGCAGUGCAGGUGCAGCAGGCUCAGGCCCAAGUCAACGCGAUGGCCAACAACCUUGCCAACAUGCAGAGCAACGCGGCUGCGGCGCUGAACGGACAGCUGGCGGCGCUGCAGCAGGCCGCCGCCGCUAAUGCGGCUGCGAAUGGGCAGCGUCAGAUGAUGGCCGGCAACGCUGCUGCGGCUCUGGCGGGUGUUGGCGCGCCCAACACGGGAUCACUCAACGAUGUCAUGCUGCAGAACCUCCAGAAGAUGCAGCUGGCCAAGGCCAUGCAGGACUCCGCGGCUGCUGCCGUGUCCGGCCUUUCCAUGCCGGCUGCUGACAAGGUUGCGCAGGGUGGCGACGCGGCUGCUGCCGCCGCUAACAACAGCAGCAAGGAGCAGCGUCGCCUGGCGCUGGCAUGUGUGGCGCUGCAGCUGGCGCGCGGCGGCAUGACUGUGGAGCAGGCCAUCAACUCGGGCAUCAUGGGCGGCAUGAGCGUCACGGACGUCAAGUUCAUCGUCGAGUGCUACAACGCCGAGCGGCAGCGCAUGCAGAACGAAGGCACCCCGGGUACUGGUGGCGCCCCUGCAGCACCUCAGCAGCCGGGUGCUGCUCCGCCUGGCGGCGCCCCGCCUCCGCAGGGGCUUCACGGGCUCCCCGGCGGCUCCGUCAACGCGGGUGGGAUUCCUGGUUUCCCCGGCCACCUGCAGGGACACGUCGACCUGGGCAUGCAUGGAGCUGGUCUUGGCGGCAUGAUGGCGCCGCCGGGGAUGAUGGGCCACCCCGGUAUGCCGCCCUCGCAGCCGCCGCUGCCCUUUGCUCACUCGCCCUCUGCGCCCGGCAGCCCUGCGCCAAGCGAGUCCAAGGAUCCCUCGGUGCUGGCGCCCGGCGGUGGCCCAAGCCGCAUGGCCUCGGGCGGCAUUCCUAGCCACAUCUCCGGACCCGUCUCCCCGCCGCGCGCUGGCGGCCAGGACAGCCCCGUCCCGCGCGGCCACAGCACGCGCGCUGGCUCCGAGGCUGAGGGCGCGGCACAUGAGACCCGUUCCGAGGGUGGCGCAUCCUCGGAGAUUGCAGCAGACGCUGCCGCCGCCGUGGCAGCCCUAGCCAAGGAGCCCUUUGACGCCUUCUCCUACGCCUUCUUCGGCCCCACGGAGGGCCCUGCCAUGGGGGAGCUGCUUGGAGAGUUGGAGACGGGUGCCGGUUUGGACGGCGAGCUGGAGCCCAACGCGGUUGCACCGUUGGAUGCGGAGGCUCUGGAGGGUGACGCUAGGCUGAGUGGGCCCUCACCGCUGGGCGCGCUGGGUGAGUUGGCUCCGGACCAGGCGGCUUGGCUGCGCGCCGCUGCCUCGGCUAACCAGGCCCUGUGGGCAGGCGAGUCGGCUGAGGAGGGGCCCAUGUCGAACGAUGAGAUCGCUGCACGUCUGGCCAACCUGGACUUGGGUUCGGGCUUUUUCUGAGCCUGCCUACUAACAGAUGAGUUUACCAUUUCGUAGGGGUAUAUCUCAUUGAGUCAUGAGUGGAAAUUGGGAAGAUAGUAGAGAUGUGUUGCAGGCGGUGCCGAGCGGUCUGUUGGUGGUGAGCUUAUUGAGGGACAUGUGCCGUCUUUGCUAUGAGCGCGCAAUGCAGCAUGUGGCCUCUUGAGUAAUUAAGCAACUACCUUUGGGCCAUUAGGAAGACGACACACGCACACACACUUGACAAUUGAGUACACGUCAGGGGAGUGUUUUUCGAGAGGGAGCUUUCGUUUGGAGACGUGGCACUUCAAUAACGCGCCGCCCUCCGAUGCACCCGUCGUGUGGCAAAGAUCCAUUGUGGAUGCCUUCAAAGAAAGAUUACACCUCGUUUUGGGCAUCCUCAUAAUGUUGAUGAUCCACAAUAGACGGCAUCGUCUUGUGCGUUUGUUGACUACGUUUUGUGGGAGCAUAUUGGCAGAUCAAUGACAAUGAUGAUGGUGAAACGCCACGAGGGAAGCCACCAGCGCUGUGAGUGGGGCUAUGUGUCGCAAAGUGGUGCGCAGGCGCGCGUGUGGGGACGCGGCCGCCAUAGCGGCUGUGCACCCCGCCGCAGAGGCGUAUCCGUGUGCGAAACUUGCAUGCAGCGUGCAUAUCGGACGGUUCGUGUGUAUCGGUGUGUGGUGUGUCGGCGUGCUUUUGCUAUCCUGAACCUGUUUCUCUUUCUUUUGGUUUUCGAACCUUUGGUCAUGCCUGGUACUGCUGCUGCGGUUGUUGCUGUGGAGGGACCGGCUGCGGGGACGCGGGGCGGGCAGCAGUUGUCGUGUUCCCUUCCUGCUUUCCGGGCUGCGGUGGCCUGUCGAGUAAUAGUGUUGUUGUGGUCUUGAGGGGCGUGGUUCAGGGGGCGGGAUUAGCGUUACAGUCAACAACACGACCGCGGAACAUAUCUGCGGUCGAGCAGGAGGGUGCGCAGCUCUGAUGCGGGUGUCGAUAUGCACGGUGGCUGUGCUGAGGUCGCGAUGGUGGGGGCGAGGGGUCUGCGGCAACAAGGGCUGCAGAGGCCUGCUGGCACACCUUGCAUGGGUAGCCCCCCUCCUUGCGAGAGGCUGACGCCGUCUCGGCCUUGGGAUCCCGUCGUCAUUGUGGUGUCCGAGGGGACUGCUGGCGAAAUGCGGGGGGCUCAAAAAGUGAACUGGAUGCUCGCAGCUGCAGGCAAAGUUUUGCAUUCUCAUGGUGGUUGAGCCGUGUCAGCCCCAUGGGCAGGCUUCCCAAAGCAAGCAUGGCAUGUGGGGCGGCGUUUUCCUUCUUUCGAGGUCUGCGUUUCUGCUCUGGCCGGCGGCUGGUUCCGGGGCGCCCUGACGCGAUAUGGGGCACAUAGCCCCGGAAUGUUUGGUCGCGGCCCGGGAACGGGCAUACUACGUAUUGCAUUACACAGACUGAUGCACGUGUGUAUGGCGUGGUUGCGAGCACAGUUGCCUGGGUGUGUUGCUUUGUCAUUCUGUUGAGUCGCUGCUGGUGGUGCUGCUGCUGCUGGUGGUGGGGCGAGGCUCAAUGGAGCACACAGGCCCACUUGCUCACGCCACGUAUGUGAGAGGUCCACGUUUAGGCCAUCAAGAAGGGAGCCCUGUAGGCGCGACAAGUCGGCACUACUACAUACUACUGCUAUUGCUUCCACUGUUAUAGGCUGUAGAGAGAUUGCGGGGAAGGGCAUCGGGACGCGAGCGUGGGUGGAGAUGUGAGGGCGCCUUGUUUUGAUGCAUGAUACCUGAUAUGUUGUUAGAAAUGUGGGAGGUGAGCGCACCUGUGUGGAGGAUCGCCCGCGGGAUGCUGGGGCGGUUUUGCGUCGUCGGUGAUGCUGCCUUCCGUCGUGCCGCAUAUAAUGUCUCGUAGAGCGAUAGCCGCCAGAAAGCCAGGGAAAUAAUAGGUUUUGUGCCCUCUUUUCACAUUUGCACAUUGACCGCACGGGUUCUAUACGCGGGUGCACAUAUGAUGCAGUAAGGUCAGCUUUGCCACGUUGCCUUUUUCGGGCGCCCUCCUCUGUAUGUCUCUUUUAUUACGAUUAACUGCGCCUGCGCUGGUCUUUUAGGUUAGAUGUGUCACGCGUGUGUUUGAGAAAGGUUGUAUGCCACGGCCUCAUAGGCCUGAGGCUUGUUGUCGCCACAGCUUAUCAGAGCCGCGAUGAUUGCAAUGCAGCACAGGUAGGAGGCCUUUAUAAGCAUGAUGGCUGCGGUCCCGGUGUGCAUGCACUUUGUCUUAUGCUGAUGACGAGUGCAGGUUGGGUCGGAUGAUUUGCUUUGGUUUGUGAAGCGGGCGGGCCCCUGGGUUGUUGGGUUUUUUCCACAUUACAAUAUGGUUAAUAGAUAAGUUAGUAUGACGGCUGUGCUCCUGGACAAGAUCCCGCAGAUCACCGGUGUGGCUGGGGUGUGCAGUACAUCAUGCUUCACCCGGUGUUCGUAGGAUGCAUGGUCAAAGGUUGGUUGCGCAGUCGGGUCGGAAGCUCUCUAGGAGCCGGAGUUCUAUAACCGUACAUCCGUUAGGUCUUAGAUCCUUUGAUGAGCGUUCAAUCCAUGUUGCAGCCUCUUGUCCGUGUUUUGCGGCACCUCCAAGCUCUAUAUGCUGCUGCGCACCCAGCUCAUUUGGAGAUUGCCUGUACAGAAUAUAAAUCCAAGCAGUUGUAGGCAGGGCGCGUGUGUGUGUAAUGUGCGUGUGUUCUUUUCGGUCCGCGAAAGUGCGAGUGCUGGUAUGUGCGUGUUGUUAUGUUGUUUUUUGGUGGCAUGAACUACUACUACCUCCUAACAACCCACCUUCGGUCGAACAACCCGGCGAAUUAGUACAGAGAAAAGCGCCGCUAUACUCGGCGGCAACAUGGUGAUGUGUAUAAUGCCCAACAAUUGAUUCCCCCGUAUGUACGGCGAAGACUGGUGUGCGUGUUUCUGAUUCAUACGUACUACCGCACAGUGUUAAGAACCUUCUGACCGGUGCGUGUGCAAGUGCGUUGUCUUAUCAUCAACCGCAGGCGUCGGUGUGCUCCUGAAGGGUGCGCACGGGGCUACAUUGCCUGCGUCACUUUCCCACACGGGGCGCCGCGGCGUUGCAGUUAGCGGCGGCGGCAUUGGGCGUUGUCUAGGCUGUGUCUCUAGGCUGCUUUGCUGCUCGUCCUCGUGUGCAUGUGUGCGCUUGCCCCGUUACCCCGUCUGUGCACGACAACUUAUAGGACAUGAGCCGCGCGUUCCACUGCUAAUGUGGCCGCGGAGGGGUCGCGGAGGGCCCGUUGGCGUGUAUAUCGGCAUUGCCAGUUUUGGAGGUGGUGGAGGGGGGCCGCCGUCUUCGCAACAUUUUUUCUGCUGCUGCGCGUGACAGUGCGUUGUGAUCUGCGUGUCUCGCGUGUGUCUCACCAUGUUGCUCCCCGGUGUUGUACCCUUCGACUACCUACUUGCGUCGUCGUCGCUGCUAGUUUCCUAACCGUCUCUCUCCACUGCUAGUCGCCCCUUAUUAACGACCCCAUAUGUGUGGGGGCGCACGGCCUGCUGCAUCCCAUGUCAUUCGUUGACCGAGGUUGGUUCCUAGGGAAGAUGUGUUGGCCUCAUACCAUAGCUUGAGGCGGCUGACGGGCCGCCGGAAACUGUGGCGAUACUUGAGGACCGUAAAUUUUACAGAUUUACGCGAAAAGAAGCUAUAGUGUCGGUGUGCGUCUGUCAUUGUGCAGAUAUACUUAUGCGUGUUGCGGAAAGAGGAUGCGGAGGGCAGGCAUAUGUGUGUAGGUACUGUGUACAAAGUGCGUGUGAAGGUUAGGACGGUGCUAUUGGUCGUGUGUGCCAUUGUCUUGUGCCAUUGUAGAUCGUGCCGUGUGUGUAUAAAGUUGCGCUUUGUGUCGAUUUAUUUGGCUCCUGGGCCUAAAUCAAAGGAGUAUUAUGUAGUCUUAAUUAGUUGCGGCGGAGGAAGAAGACAGCAUUGGUUGCGAUACUCGGGUUUGGUGUGAAGGGGGUGUGGUUUAGCGCAGUUGUGGUGGCGGCGGUGGUGGUGUAAGGGUGUGUGAGCUGUGGAGCGAGUGAACAAUGGAGCUCUGGAAAUUAUUCGUAAAAUGCAUGUAAUGGGCCUUUCCAUGUUUGUCUUGGACCUGCUCGAGC